CGAUCAUCUACACCAUCAGCAACACUGCACCAUGCUUGUUGCCAGAGGUAGUAGUGUCCGGCGAAUAUCGCCGUUCGCACGGCCUUUGGGCCAUCCACGGCCACCCAGCAGCCACAUCCCUCCACGACCUCGACCGUUUACCACCAAAUUUCCACUCCUCCUCGUCUCUCCACCUCUCACUCGCCCUCAGCUACCCUUUCUCUCACCGAUUUCGUCCAGUCGCUCUCUUCCACCGCUGUCAACUCACCUCCGACAGCAUUUUGCGCGGCUGAUCUCCACCGAGACGCGCGACUACUACAAGCGCCGUCUCGGCCGUGGUCUCCGAAUCGGAUUGACGUUCUACGCCAUCCUCCUCUUAUUCCACCUGGUUAAACUGGGCAUCUACCAAGAGACGAUCGAGCACAAAUGGCCUACUCCGCCAGAAUGGAGUCUCAAGAGCCGAUGGUGUUUACGAACGGCCCAGGCGCUCCAACACCCUGAAGAGAUCGGAAAGUUAAUCACCGAUUGGCCCCUGGUGUAUGGAUAUCUCCGGGAAUUGCUCGGACGGCUAGAAAACACGGAGGGAGAAGGUCAAGGGAUUCGCGAACAGGGAGACGGUGGGAUUCUCGUCGAUGGGGUGGGGAAGACCGGAUACGACAUCUCGGACAAGACCGAGCCCUGGAGAAGAGGGUAUUUCCAGGCGCUCAUGGGCUUGGCUCGAGCUGCGGAAAACCUGGAGGGUUGGGUGACGGAUUGGAAUCUACACAUUUCGGCCCCUGCGGAGUAUGUGGUCGGUCCGUCGAAUCCGCGACCAAAGCCGCUUCCGCCUGGUCGCAAGGGAGUUGUCCUGCGUGAAGAGGACUGCGAGCCGGCGGCGGAGAGCCCGGCGGUGUUUUAUAUGAAGAUCUUGACGACAAAGGGGUUCGAUACGAGGCAGAGACUGGAUGCUGCGCUGGCUUAUGCCGACUGGUUGGAUUACAAGGGACUGACUGACACGGCCAAGGAUAUGUAUAACUGGGCAAUGGAUAUUGCUGCUGCUGGACUGCCUUUUGAUGCGGCAAAGGUAGUGGAUACAAAGAGCGGAGUGCUGAAGAACGGCAAGGACGUCCCAUCGGAGAAUAUCCUCCGAGUGUCGAAUGCGCUUGCGGUGCAUUAUGCAAAGACUGGAGACCUCUCCAAGGCGCUGUCCAUCUUUACGUCGAUCUUGAAAACUCGCCGCGAGUUACCAGCGCCUCCUGGUGGGAUUCCACGAAAGGUCGCCAAAGCAAAGGCCACACCUUUCGAUGCGGCGUUCGAGUGGAUCAACAACGUCCUGAUUCCCGUCGAAUACCCCCCUCCAGCGCCAUCUGGCAAUGAGCCGCCUGCUCGCACCCGAGCCUCUGCUUGCGAAGAGGCCGGCCUCAUGGCUUAUAUCGGCGAGAUCAUCUACGCAUCCUCCUCCAAGGAGUCUGGAUUAGCAUGGACUCGAGACGCCGUCGACUUGGCCGAGUCCACUCUUAUCGACAUCAACGACACCACCACCACCGACCGCGAAGCCAAGGAGCGUUGCACACAAUGCCUCCAAGUCGGCCUAGAUAACUGGAAAACCAUGGUCCAAAACCUCGUCGCCAAAUCGACCCGAGAGGAACAAGAAAGCAUCGAAAAGGCCAAAACAGCCUGGUUCGGCGGGGAGAGAAACGCGCGGAAAAAGACCCAGGAACGCAAGCGAUGGGAGGCCGAGAAGAUGAUCGUCGAUGACCGUACGAGACAGUCUCGACGGCUUCUGGAAAGUGACGUGGACUAUAGUUCUUUUGGAAAACGUUCCAUAUUCGCAUGAUAUGAUGUCUAUGCCCUUGUAUUUCUAUUGAGGAAAAAUCUUUUUUGACCACGGUCGGUAUCGGUGUUAGUGAGGUCCUGUUUUUGUUAUGUAUGUUAGUGAUAUCCAUAUCAUAUCAUGUCCGCAUCUAUCUUAUGUGCAAAAAUGGUAUUUUCAUCAAAAAAUCAAUGCAUAUAAUAUUCUCCAAAUUCCCAUUCUCGCAAGUGAGCGACGUCUCCU